AUGGUCUCGCGUGAAGGCUCCCCCUUGUCCUCCGUCGGCACCGCCGAGGAAUCAGAUCACGAGUCUAUCAAGCAUGAAAGCCGCGCCCAGUCCCCAUCAGCUUCCAACCUACCUCCCUCAAAGCGCCGUCGCACAGGUGUAGCAUCAUGGGACAGACACACACCGUUGUCCUCAGUACACGAUGAGCCUAUCCCCCCUCCCUCGCCAACCGCCUCCAUCUCCUCUGAUACCGACGGCGAUGUCCCCAAUUCCCCUAGCAUGAUCGGUGCGCUGGGCAAUAGCCAAGAUGACGAUUACACCGGCCAAAGCACAGAUCAAGUCACUGUAUGUCGGUGGGACGGCUGUCCCGUCGGUGACCUGAAGAACAUGGAUGGGUUGGUGCAGCACCUGCACUUUGAGCAUAUCGGGAGCCGACAGAAGCGGUACUCGUGCGAGUGGACAGACUGCAGCCGCAAAGGACAAACGCACGCCAGCGCAUAUGCACUCCGCGCUCACAUGAGGAGCCAUACUCGAGAGAAGCCUUUUUACUGUACCCUGCCCGAAUGUGAUCGCAACUUCACUCGCUCCGACGCCUUAACAAAACAUAUGCGCUCCGUCCACGAAGCUGAUACCGCCCGCCCCUCGGACCCCAAAUCCACCUCCGGCGGCACCGCCAGCGUAGCCGGAACCCCAGUCUCAAAGAUUCAACGCAUCCGCCUGAAGCUCUCACAGCCAAAGGGCGAGCCAGGAAAUGGUGACUCAGAUCAUCUUCCCGCACCCACCAUCUCCGCCGCGAUAGGAUCAGAAAUCGACCCAGAGGACACCACAAUGCCAGAAUUCGGACCAGAGCUCGACUUCGACGACCACGAACUUGCCAUGCCCCCUCACGAUCUAUACCGCGUCCUCCGGCGACAAAUCCACUGGGCCGAGAAGGAAUCCGCGCAAUUGCGCGCCGAGUGGGACGGGUUACGCCCGCAGCGUGAACAGGCCUGGCUUGAGAAAGAAGGUAUCUUCGAAGACCUCAUUCAUGGUGAGCUUCGGCUUUUCAGUACCUUUGUCGGUGAGCCAGCUCCUGGUAGUUUGGCGUCUAGUUUAGAGAAAUUACAGCAUCAGCAGCGGGAAUUUAAGCAUCAGCAAGAUCAAUUGCAAGCGAAGGCUGAUGAUGCGGCUGAAGUCGAGACGGCCGAGGCCUCUGAGGCUGUUGCCACUGCUUGA